CCUACCUAGGUAUGCAGGACCUAGCUGAUUUUUCGAAUUUUUUCGUUUCUUUUUUGUAGACAAGCAGCUGAACCCUACCUACGCAUGGUAUGGGCAUGGCAUGUGAAAGCCGCCUCACGCACGCCCGCGAGCGAGCUCGCCGACCGAGGGCGCUAGGCCGCUUGCGAGCGGGCCUCGGCUCGUCGGCGCGCGACAUCAGCGGCUGCUGCUGGGUGCACAUGCUUCUUUGCUCGCAUCUCUCUCUCUCCCUCUUCUUCCCCGGAUUUAGGUUCUGUGGACACGCUUAUAUACCUGCCUACCUAAGCUGCUUCGUUGAGCUUCUGGGUUUUUGUUGUUCUUCUUCUUUCUUGAAAAAGGAAGGAAUACGACUCGACUCGAUACGACACGAUACCUAUCAAUCUCGAUAGCGAUCCCUUGGACUUGGUUGAGUUGAGCUGAGACGUCGGACGAUACGACACGAUACGAUACGAUAACUGCGAUACUAUGGCGAAUCAGGCGGGUACGAAGCUUGCGGGUAAGUGGUUCUGUUGCCGGAGGUGGGGG